AUGGACCACAUCGAUACAAAGUUUGAUGCGUUGCAAUUGACCAUCAAUUCUCUAAAAACGGACGUAAACAGCCAGCUAAUGAUACUCUCAACUAAGGUCAGUGCAUGGGAGUCUAAGAUUAGUGAGUUGGUAUCUACCAUGUCUUCUGUCAACGAAGAAAUUUCUAAUCUCAAAGAUGUGAAUGUAAAACUGAAGCAAGAGCUCGAUGAUUUGCGCUCGAAUAUGAAUAACAUCUCUGAAAGUAACCAUCGAAAUGAGCAAUGGGUUCGUCGCUCAAAUAUACAAAUUAAUGGAAUUCCUGAGAAAAAAAAUGAGAAUCUUUUGAGCUUGGUUAAAAAUCUGGCAGUUAGAUGCAACUUUGCUAUUAACAUGGACACCGACAUCGACUUUGUCACUCGAAUAGCAGUAAAGAAUGACGUCGAUAAUAAGACACCUAAACCGAUUAUCCUAAAAAUGCAAUCUAGAUAUAAGAAGGAUGAUUUUUUGCUAUCUUUACGCAAAUUAAAAAAUUGCACUGCUGGUGAAAUAGGUAUAUCGGGUAUUCAGAGCUCCAAGAGGAUAUUUUUCAACGAUCAUCUGUCUGCUAGAAAUAAACAUCUACUCAGAGAAGCCAAACGGUUAGCAAAGGAGAAAGCAUAUGCGUAUUGCUGGGUUAAAAACUGUACUGUCAUGGUGCGCCGCAGCGAUCUGUCGCCGAUCAUUCACGUCACUUCGAUAGCUUCGUUAAACAAGAUCGUAUGA